AAUACGCAUUCGAUUACUCGGGCAGGAAGUCGACAUGUUCUCAUUGAAUCAUCUCGCCAAAUCAUAACAUUUAAGUGUCGGUUAGACACUUAGAUGUACCUAGGUAUGUUUUAAAAUGAUUAAAAUACACCAAUUCUCCUUUGACGGUUAGAUAGCUUUCACCCCUUGCAUGAUUAUAAUAGAUGGUUUAAUAAGUUCCUCCAACCCGGUGUGGCUUCAGCAGCCCAUGCGAAAUGAUCAUCUAGGGUAUAUCUUUCUUUAGGCAUGGCUAAUUCAGGUUCCUAUUCUUAGACGUGGAAAAAAUCGAUGAUCCGAACUUGAUGGUCUCGUAAAUAGCCGGACAGGCAGCGUUGCAUCGAAUCGCUCGUUAGACGCUCCGAAUUACCGCACGUGGUUAAAGCAUCAACCGACUAUGUCCUCAAGUAUCAUUCGACACAUUUAGAGAAUCUGGCCCAGCUUCCAAGAUGGUUCAAAUACUUCGAGCGACAGUGGCAAGAUUCCCCAGAUUCUUGGCAGCCGGUAGUUGCUUGCCUAAGUGGUAACUUGUUCGAAUUCGCAAGUCGACGACGAGGCUACGGUGAUGCAGUCUUAGACGCCAAUUUCGCCAAAAGGAACCUCGCUACCGUUCGAUAAAUACCCAAUUAUGGCGAGACUGCUCUUGUUAACAGCGCUAGCGUUGCUAGUCAGCUCGGUCGUCGCCCAUGGUGGUCUUGCGAAUUAUACAGUCGGAGACACUUGGUACAGGGGGUUCAGCCCGGACGACCCCUUAGGGGAUCAAGAAGGGAAACCAUGGAUGAUCCAAAGAAUAUGGGCGAGCAUCGACCCAAUCUUCUUCGUAAAUGAUACUGGCCUCGCAUGCAAUACCCCAGGCACUGCACCGCCGUCAUAUAUCCCCAUCGCAGCUGGGGACAAUAUCACAGCCGUCUAUUGGUAUUGGCUACAUCCCUAUGGACCGAUGUCAGUAUGGUUAGCCGACUGUGGCGCCUCUUGUGAAGAUGCCAACGUGAACGAUCUGAAUUUCUUCAAGAUCUGGGAGGCAGGUUUGUUGGAAGGCAAUAUUGUAGAAGGUAUCUGGUAUCAGAAGAAAUUUCAGAAUUGGGAUGGUUCGCCAGACCUUUGGCCCGUCACGAUACCGGCCACUAUCAAACCAGGUCUUUACGUUAUAAGGCACGAGAUCCUGAGUAUUCACAUCGAAGACAAGCCUCAGUUCUACCCCGAAUGUGCACAUUUGAAUAUCACUGGGUCCGGUACGGCGGUUCCUUCGCCCGAAUAUCUCGCCAAGUUCCCCGGGACAUAUAAGGAAGACGACCCGUCAAUAAAAAUUGAUAUUUACUCGGAUGCAGUAAAAGCACAGACGAAUUACACAAUUCCAGGACCUCCAGUAUGGAACGGAUUCGUCAACAAAUAUUGUCAGGACUGUUAACGAUGCAUUCGGAAUCUAAGUAUACUUCAUAAGGUACCUAGGUAGUAAUAGGUGUUAAGAGAGCAAUGCACCUAUA